UUUGUUCGUUUAAGACCGAAGGCAAGUAAAUCUUUGAGUUUCAAGUCUCAUCUCCCGUUAUUGCAUGGUAAAAAGGGUGAGAUUUUUGUUGAGUUGGCAUUGCAUAAAGGUAUCUUCUUUUCAGUAAGAUCUCCAAUACGCAAAGUACAUACAUAUACAACAAAGGUACUAAGGAAAGAAGUUACAUGCAUAGAAGUGUACGUAUAACCUUCAACUUGAACUUUUUUGGCAUGCAAGACUAACUAUUUACAACAAGCAGAUCAACUUAAUUUUGUUACUUGGUUGUGAAUGAUUGAGCAGUAUUACAUAAAAUAUCGGUCCAAGUUUUAUGCUAAAACACAUUUUAAUUAAUCAACAUCGUUUUAUUGUUUAUAACGUGCAAAUUUUAAGUCAAGAUGACACUUGUUCAAGAUAAAAGUAGCGUAUUGUCCAAUAAUUCCAACUUAAACCGCAACGACUCUCCAGAAUUGUUGCAGCAAUUACAAGAGUUAAAGCAUUUGAUGAAAGAUGACGAGAAUUUGAAGGACUUUAUCGAAUUCUUUGACGAUGAUUUUCUGCUAGCAUUUAUUAAAGGGAAAAAGCUGGAUCUGGGAAAAGCUUAUACAACCUUGGUCAACUUUAUAGACAUCCGGCGUCGCAAAUAUCGUCACAUCUUCAAACCACUCGUACCCAGCAAGAAUGCUUCACUGAAUGCAGGAAUUUUGCGAAUAUUGAAAAAUAGAGAUCACCGUAACAGAUUCGUUCUAGUAAAUCGAACCUGGAAGUGGAAUUGCAAGCAAGUUAGUGCUGACGAUACGAAUGCAAUGUUCAUGCUAAUCAUGGACGAGUAUUUUCGAGUGGAUUGCCACAAGACGGAGGGUUUAGUUGGAAUUUUCGACAUGUUCGGUUUUAGCAUGGACCACGUGAGAGAAGCAACGCCAAAUAAAGUUUAUCAACUAAUUGAUUUACUUUGGAAAAAUGUUCCAGUCCGUUAUACAGCGCUUCACAUUGUGAAUACGGGUUUCUUUAUGAAUUGUCUGUUGAAAAUUGUGCAUCCCUUUUUGCCCAAGAAAGUUCGAGAAAGGUUGAUCAUUCAUUCAAAUGAUUUGGCUUCUCUACACGCCCAUAUACCAAAGGAAAUCCUACCCGAGUCACUUGGGGGUCCAAUUAUAGAAGAGGAGGCGUUCGAUAUUAAUUUCGAGCAAAGAAUACGAAACAAGGAGGAAUAUUAUCAAAAAUUUUCAGAGAAACUGUGACCUCCACAAGAAUUGAGUUUACCAAGAAUAUUAUCAUCACAUUUGUAAAAUUAAAAAUUCGAAUUGGGUAUUGUACAAACCAUUUUUAAACCGAACUGUGAUUCACAAUACUAUAUUAUUAUUUAGCUGCUAUUUACUCAAAUUAGAGUCUUCUUAAUAAAAAAGUAAAACUUUAUUACAUACAUACCA